AUGGUGAUGCUCACAGGCGGCCAGGUCUCCAUGGCCAUAUCGUCUUCCAUAGUAUUCAUCUUCACUUUCCUGCUUUUCCUCUCUGGCUACAUCCUCCAGCAGCAGACGGUCCGCGGCAUCCAGGAAGCCAUCAAGCCCCGCCUGCCCCAACCCAAAGCACCCGUGCCUGAGGAGCCCUUCAACCCAAACGCCAGGCUGGCGAGAGUGCUGGGGUCCCGCGACCCCGCCCAUGAGAAGUUCAUAGCAGAGACACAGGUGGACUGGAGAAAACUGGGAUAUGUGCAGCUGGUGACGCAUCACCGCGAUGUCUGCACCGCCGUCAUGCAGUUCGCGGAGCUGCAUCGAGAAAAGAGCCCCGCCAGCAGGGUCCUGCUUUUCCCGAGGGCCUGGAUCGAGGAUGAAGAGGACGACGAUCCCUACCUUGAAACCAGCAGGAGACUGUUGAGGGCCGCUGCGAGGAGAUACAGAGUGGUUCUUAGGCCUGUUGACCCUGUCAUCAAGGGCGACGGAGACUCGACUCGUCCGAGGUAUUCCCUCGCCAGCUUCUUUUCUCUAAUCGACUUCGAUCGACUGCUCUACCUUGCUCCAUCCGGUAUAAUCAUCGACUCGCUGGCUAUGGAUGCCCUCCUAGCUUUUGCGGCUUCUCGGAGGCUUGCCGCCUUGCCAGAGGACCCUACCGCAUCCCGGAUAUCAACCGACUUCAUGCUCCUACAACCGUCCUUGUCCACCUUUAGGAAACUGUCAGCCGCGCUCAGCGAGGCCGACGUUAGCGACACAAAGCUGUUCCAGAAGAUUUUCGACGCCUCGACAUCUCUGCUGCCGCCGACGGCCGAGUCCGAAACAACGCUAUACUACGAGUCCUCGGAGCUGCGGACGCUCGAUGAUCCCGAAUCUUUCAACUCGACGCAAUUCCUGUCUACCACGGCGUACGUGCGUCUAGCCGAUCCCGAGCUGCCUGGACCCGAGUAUGACGUGCCAUACGGUCAGAUGGUGCAGCUGCGGCCGAAAGAGGAUGAGCCCAGGUGGGUGUGGGAGAAGCUGUAUUUCAAGUUCCGAGGGAGCAGAAUGGACGUCUGCGGACUCGAUCUGCUGAUGCCCAGCAAGCCCAAGGUUGCGGCCGCAACGGACGAAGCCAGAUAUCGCGAGGCCGUGGCGCCGGAGGAGCUCUGA